UCUAGGGUUUGAGCUUUCUCUCUUUCUGUAGUUUGUUUCUCUGUGAGCGUGUGUGAAGAAGAAAUGGCGGCAGUUUCUAGGGUUUUCGGAGGAUGCAGGACACUGAUGGCGAAGGCGGCGUCUAAUGCGGCGGCUACAGGCGCCGGAGCUGGUAAAGAAGGAAAGGGGAUACUUAAGACUGUUCCGGUCUCGCCGACGUUGGCUAGUUUCGCCGGAGAAAACGAACUCUCUCGUGCCACCGCCGUGAAGAAAGUGUGGGAGUACAUCAAAGGUCAAAAUCUCCAGAAUCCGACGAAUAGAAGGGAGAUACUAUGCGAUGAUAAGUUGAAGACGAUCUUCGAUGGCAAAGACACAGUUGGAUUCACAGAGAUUGCGAAGCUCUUGUCCCCACAUUUUCCUAAGUCGGUCUGAUUUAAUGUGAUGUUUCUAAGCUUGUAGUAUCUUUUUAAUCCAAGAAAUGGUUUGCUUUCUUAUUAGGUACAUUUUGGAUGUAUAUAUGAAAAAAAAAAGAGGAAGCAAAACUCUGUUUGAUCCAUCUGUUAGGGAAUGUUAUGUAUUCUGACAUUUUGAUUUUGGAUCUUUUGUCGUC